AUGAGAAGGAAAGGUGCUGGUAUUCACGUCAGACAGAACCCAGGUCUCCCCAGCCCCGAACCUACGCCGUCAGAAGGCACACCAACAACCAUUGGCACACUCGAAGACAGUUCUGCUCCUGCUCCCAUAGAGCAGAAGAAGACAGGACCUUUGGAGCAGAUGCUGAAGUUUGUUGGACAGGAUGUAGACGUGGACGAGGAGAGAGUAGGUUGGAUUGUUGUUGGAGUUGGAGUUGGUGCAGAGGUUGCAUUACUUUCAAUUCGAGUUACAGGACAUGAUUUUUGUGACUCGGCACGAUCUUCUCGUCAGACAACCACAAGCAACGUACAUAGAACAUUGAGAGCUUCUCUUGCACUUACGGUUGGUAAUAUUGUGGCCACUGUGGCUGCAGAACUCGCGAACCUUGACAUGGAUAGAGACGAAGAAACGUAUGCCAAUGUUGUACCUAUUGGAAUCGACUCCAAUGAAGAGAACCCAGUUGACAAGGUCAGAUGUCUUAACAUAUCCGACACGAUUCUUACCGAACGUCCUGGCUGUGAGGACCAUCAUUGA